CUUCGUCCCAACCAAGUCCUGACUAGGCCUGACUCUCUGCUGAGUCGACUAGCUUCUGAGUCUUGACCAAGUCUUGACACAGCAAUAGAACACUAUACUCUGCUGUCGUGCGUAUUGGAGACAUGGGCAACGUUCAGUCUCUGACGCGCACCACCGGCGCACUCGACUCGUUUGUGGCCGAGCUCGGAGGAGACAUCAUCUAUGAGCGGAGUAUGGGCUCUGCCCGUUUCCUCAAGACGGUGAAGUGCCGACACAGAAAUGGCUACUUGGUCGUCAAGAUCUUCGUCAAGCCGGAUCCUGGGCUGAGUCUCCGAAAGUACCACAGACGACUGAAGGUUGAGCGCGAAGCGCUAGCGGACCUUGUCAACGUCUACAACUACCAGGCGUUCGUGGAGACAGACAAGGCGGGAUAUAUCAUCCGACAGUGGAUUGCGAGCAGCCUCUACGACCGCAUCAGCACACGUCCCUUCCUCAGCCUGGUCGACAAGAAGUGGAUCGCCUUUCAGCUGCUACACGCCCUUCGCGACGCACGGAAUCGCAAGAUCCCUCACGGCGACAUCAAGUCCGAGAACAUCCUCGUGACCUCCUGGAACUGGGUUCAACUCACCGACUUCGCGUCUUACAAGCCGACCUACCUGCCGCUGGACGACCCGUCCGACUUCUCCUUCUUCUUCGACACGAGCGGCCGGCGGACAUGUUACGUCGCGCCCGAGCGGUUCUACACGGCGGCGGAGAAUCCGGCGAUCAGCGCGAAGAAAAGCAGACUGGCCAUGGAGGACGGCGAGGGCAGGAGGGAUGGCAGGGUCACAGAGGCAAUGGACUGCUUCAGCGCUGGAUGUGUCAUUGCGGAACUCUUCCUUGAAGGUUCGCCGUUGUUCACGCUCAGUCAGCUGUUCAAGUACCGCGAGGGAGAGUUGAGUGUAGAGUCUCAGCUGAGCGCCAUAGGGGACGACCCCGUGAAGAAUCUCAUCAAGCAGAUGAUUGCGGUUGACCCCGCGGUCAGGCCGUCUUUCGACACGCUGCUACACACGUCCCGCGGAUCCGUGUUCCCCGAGUCUUUCUACUCGUUCUUCCACAACUACGUCUCGUCCAUCAACGAGCUCUCCGGACCUUCUCCAUUCGCGUCAAAUGCCGCGCCUACUGUACCGCCCACGCCUGCAGGCGCCACGGUCAAGAGUCCCCAGGCCGUCACGCCGCAGACCAUCCCCGGGACAUCUACCGGAGAUGUCUUGAACGAAUCCCUGCCCAGCGACUCCGAUCGGCGCAUGGAGAGGAUAUGGAGCGAUUUUGAGAGCGUCGAGCCCUUCUUGGCGGUCGACUCCGCGCAAGAACAGACCGUCAUGGAUGUCAAGGUAGACUACAUGCCGUCAAUGGGUUCGUCGAAGCCAUUCCAGGACAUUUUGCCAGUGGAGCUGUACAUUCCCAAUCGAGAGAGCGGAGCUGGUCACCCCUUGAGUGCGGGAAGGCGUACCGCCGCCGCAGAAGAUGGUCCGGCCCUCAUUGUCCUGGCCCUCGUUUCGGCGAACAUCCGCAACUGCACCCUGCCUAGUUCUAAGCUGCGCGGACUAGACGUCCUCCUGGCGCUCUCGCCGUACCUCACCGACGAAGCGAAGCUGGAUAGGAUGGUCCCCUACGUGGUUGACCUCCUUCACGACGACGCGGCCAUAGUGCGUGCUGCGGCCAUGCGCACGCUCAUGCAAAUACUUAUGCUCGUUACUGUCAUCACACCCUCAAACGCAGCGAUUUUCCCGGAGUACAUUAUCCCUGCGGUCGCCCAUCUCGUUCGUGAUCCCGAGGUAUCUGUGCGAUGUAUCUAUGCACAGUGCAUCGUCUCGCUCGCGGAUACGGCGGUGCGGUAUCUCGAGAUGGGACAAGCGUUGAAGGCACACGGGUCAUACAAGCUCUCGCCUGACACGCAAGAGUAUGACGAGGCACAUUUUGAGGUGUCGUACGACGCGAGCAUACAAGAGCUCCAGAACAGCAUCCAGGAGCACCUCUCUGCGCUCCUCGUCGAUCCGUCGAGCGUCGUGAAGCGGGCGGUGCUGCAUAAUAUCUCUUCCCUGUGCAUCUUCCUUGGGCGACAGAAGACGAACGACGUGCUGCUCAGCCAUAUGAUCACGUACUUGAAUGACCGUGAUUGGUUACUGAGGUACGCGUUCUUCGACUGCAUUGUUGAUGUAGCUGCGUGUGGCGAAGGCCGGAGCUUGGAAGAGUACAUCUUGCCGUUGAUGGUUCAGUCGCUGUCAGAUGUAGAGGGCGCUGUCGUUGCCAAGGUUCUGGCCGCGUCAACCAGCUUGUGUGAACUUGGCCUGUUCCAGAAAAUGCGCAUUUGGGAGUUGAUGAGUGCGACUCUGGGGUUCCUGUAUCAUCCGAAUACCUGGAUACGGCAAGGGGCUGCGGCCUUCAUCGCUUCCGCUGCAAAGCAUCUACCUCCAAGCGACGUCUGGUGUAUUCUUUACCCAUCUCUCAAGCACUUCCUGCGCUCAGACGUACGAGACGUUGAUGAACACAGUUUGCUGCUUUCUUUGAAGCUUCCGCUGUCCCGACAAGUGUUCGACGCAGCGGUGCAGUGGGCCAUGAAAUCGGAGAAGUCGCUAUUCUGGCGGACCCAUCGUGGCUCCAAGCCCGAAUCUCCGAAGGAUAGUCUUGCCACUGUGCGGGGUUCGGGUACGGUCGGGACCCGAGGUCGGACUGAAGAGGACGAAACACAAAUUACCAAGUUGCAGCAUAUGGGCAUGACGCCUGGUGAAGAAGCGAAGUUGACGUCCAUGCGUGAUUACAUCCUCAAGCUCGCGCGUAACAUGGCGAGCUUUGCUUCCCGCGUGAGUGCCGAGGGCGACGCUGAACAGCUCAAGACGACCGUCGGUGUCGAACUCCAGAAGCUAGGAGUCGUGCCUCAGACCGUAUUUCUCAGAGGCCCACGCUCGGUAUCCAAACACCGCUCAUAUUCGGAACUUUCUGCGAAGUCGCCGAUUCUUGGGACCCCGCGCUCUGGGCGCACCUUCAGCAUGGAUCACACAGCUGCAGCUGCAGCAGGGGCGCCGUUUGAGGACUUGCGGCGACGACUCGCCAUCAUCAACGGCUCAGCUACCUCGGUCAAUGCCACGAGCCCCCGCGAGGCACGCAGCCCGACCAUGCCUUCAUUGGAACACGCCAUCCUGCCCUCGUCCGCAUCCAGCGACAUGCCGCGCUCCCCAGUGCGACCAGGCAGUCCUACAGAAUCCAUCAUCUCUAUCACCAACCCGUCUGCUUCGCGGCCGAUGCGCAUCGGUAGCGUCGACGGCCAGAAAGCAGCGCCGGCAAUAGGGUCAUCCAGAGCCAACGCCACAGGAUUGCUGGAUGCGCAUGCCUAUGCCCGAUCGGAAGCAUCGCCCGAGCGGUCGGGAAGGACGUCACCUCUGUCGCCAGCCCUGACGAUACGACCUCAAAACGACAAGCUCCGUCCUCCUUCACUGACGCCGAUCUCGACUUAUGAUGGUCAGGAAUUCGGCCUGAACAACCUGCUUGAACAGAUCUACAUGGACAACACGCGAGAGCUUCAAAAUGACUUCGGACCUCAUGUUCAUGAGGGCGCGGUCAGGCGCCGUAACGCUGCUAGGCACAGUUUCAUGUCUCGAGAAGGCGGCUCUCGUCGACCCGAAACGACUCUCAUCGCGCACAUGAGCUCACACAACGAUGUUAUCACAGGCAUUGCGGUAUCGCCAGACCACAUGUUCUUCGUCUCCGCGUCGGACGACAAGACGCUCAAGGUCUGGGACACUGCUCGUUUAGAGAGGAACGUUACUAGCAAGCCGCGGCAGACCUAUAGUCAACACCAUGCGAAGGUGAAGUGUGUGUGCGUGUUGGAAAGCCUGCAUUGCUUCGCGAGCGCUGCCGACGACGGCAGUCUUCAUGUCGUGCGAAUACAUGUUACCCAGAGUGGCAGCCUGCCGAAGUACCACAAGCUGCAGCUCAUCCGCGAGCAUCGACUCGAUCAACCCGGAGAGUACAUUACGUGCAUGGCACACUUCAUGACUGAUACAUCGUCAAGUCUGGUCUACGCGACAACACACUGCACCAUCUCCAUCCUCGACCUCCGCACGAUGCGGCAGCUACAGAAGAUGGAGAACCCGCGACAUCACGGCCCAAUUCUGUGUCUAUGCUUGGAUCGCAAGCGUGCGUGGCUUGUCUGUGGCACGUCCACUGGGGUCCUGUCGCUCUGGGACAUCCGGUUCGGCAUCCUCAUCAAGAGCUGGAAAGUCUGCACGGCGUGGAAGAGCAGGCAAGCGCGGAUAUACCAAUGCGUCGUCCACCCGACGAAAGGCAAGGGCAAGUGGAUCAUAGUGGCGGUGGAGGCGCCGAAAACCCCGAAGAGCCAUGUCAUCCUGGAGGUCUGGGAUAUUGAGAAGUCGUCUCUCGUGGAAUCCUUUGUUACCAGGACAGUCUCAAACGCAGCGGAAGAACUGCAAGAUCCCCCGGCAGUCGACUCAGAAGAGGCGGAGACGAGUCCGGCAGCAGCGAUAGCGGCUCUGGUGCGUGCUCGUCAGGAGAGCGGCGGCUCGCUCGAGUCCUUUGCGCACCGCGGCCUGUCCGGCGUGACCGGUUUGCCCGACUCCCUGGACGCCGUGUCCCCGAACGUCCGUGCGAUCGUGGUGGGGACUGAGUUCGGUGGGCAUGCCCCGGCGCGCGCCACCAUGGCGGACCAGGACGUCCGGACGAGCCGUACUGCGGGCGGGCGAGGAUUCUUGUUGAGCGCCUCGGAAGAUCGGAGGAUACGAUAUUGGGACCUGGCGCAUGUGGAACGGUCUGCGGUACUGACGGGCAUGGACGCGGAUACCGAUAAACCAACAUAUAGCGUGCCUGCUUCCGCUGACUCUGCGCCAUCACGGCUCCUUGAGACCUGGGUAUCCUCACUAUCAGCCAGCCAUAGCGUUAACCGGCCUCCACAACGACUCUCGCUGAUCAGCCAUAACCAGCAUAAUUUGCUUAAGGGGCACCAGGACACCGUGACGGCGCUUGCGUGCAUCGACUCGCCCUUCCGAGGGGGCAUUGUGAGCGGCGAUCGCUCGGGGGCGAUCAAGGUGUGGAGGGUCGAGGGGCUUGAUUUGUCGUGAUCAGUGCUGUAUCGUUAGAUGGCUUUUGUGUCUUGUUUAUGGAUUCGUUGGCUUGUGCCUCAAAUGCGAUUCGG